AUGGCUCGCAAGGCCGCAUGCGGUGCGGAUGAAGUUACGUGGCUUGUUUGGUGUUUCGAGCAUUGCUUGAAGCCCGAGCAGGCAGCUCUACGCAAAGAGCUGGCAGGCCUUGCGGCCCAGUAUGGAUGCAAGUUCGUUUACCACAAGAAGUCCAUGAGCUUUCUCAGCUGGCUGGAGGGCCGGAAGGGGAGCGUGCUGCUCGUUGCAGAUUGGCGAGAAGCAAAGCCCAUCAUGGAGGAGAUCAGCAAGCAAGAACAGCGUCACAACUUCCGCAUGUGUGUCGUCGCGCAAACAGCAACGAUCCUUCGCCGUGCAUCUCUUUGGGCAGGCACUCAAAGCACGGAGAUCAUGGUGACGUCGGGCUUCUUGCGACACAAGGUGGAGGAUUUGAUCGCAAGCCAUGUGGGGGCCUUGCGCAGUACCGGGGGCUACGGAUGGUUGUCUCUGCCCAAUCUUCUCGAAGCGGUACAUGAUCCCAAGCAAGCUCUUGGACUUGAGAAGCUCAUCAAGCAAACAAUGUGGCAAGUCUACGAGGACUGA